AUGGCCAUCACCGAGCUUAACGCGCCCGGCAACGCCUCCUUGGCCACUGUGCACGAGGCUUCCAGAACGAAAAUCAUCUUCGUCACCUUGCUUUUCCUCCUCUCUCUUGCCAGUUUCAUCUGCCAGACUGAAUUCACUAGUCAGGCCUAUACCUUGGGUUUCAAAGAGCCCAUCAUAUUGUUGACAGUUACUCACGGCUCGUGGUGGCUUUUGUGGCCGUUGCAGGCGCUUCUUGUGUCAGUUUACAGGACUAUUGAGAGAUUUAGAAAAGGCGACACCAGAUACGAGAGAUUGAACUCCAAUGCGUUUCUUUUGGAGCCCGAGGUGGGGCGUGAUCUGAGCCGUUUACCGCCAGAGCAGAACCAGACCCUUGAACAGCGUACACAGCCGUUGAAUGUAUUCAAGUAUUUCAAAAAAUGCAUUGUCAAGCAGUUCCACAACGUCUACCAUACGCUGAUCUUGGUUUAUGAGGCCAAUGUCAACGGUGACAGACUGACACGCCACUUGAACACAUUGGUUGACCAAAAUCCUCACAUUUCGUCUUCCAGCUCCAUUACAGCUUGUGUUAGGUCGUUUGUUUCGACUCCAUCCUUCCAGUACCUUGCUGUAAAAACUGCGCUCAUCUCCAUAGUGUUGAACAUCGCUGGUGUCACCUGGUACGGUGCCAUGUCCAUGACAUACGCAUCAGAUGUCACUGCCAUUUACAACUGCUCGGCCUUCACCGCCUAUGCCUUCGCCAUUCCUAUCCUUAACGAGACUUUCUCGUGGCUUAAGGCUUCAUCCGUGCUUAUCGCCGUUUCCGGUGUGUUCGUAGUAGCGUACUCCGGCGCAGACAACCAGACGUCAGGAGAGCAGCAGUACCCUUACCGUUUCUGGGGUAAUCUACUCAUCUCAGUUGGUGCAGUGAUGUAUGGAUACUACGAGGUAUUGUACAAGAGGUAUACAUGUGUGCCAGCACACUUGGCUAAGGUUAUUACUCCUCGUCGUCAGCUGACGUUCUCGAACUUUGUGAUGUGCUUGUUGGGUGUUUUCACACUUACCUUCCUUCUCACAGGCGUGAUUAUUGCACAAGUGUUCCAUAUUCAUCUGUUCAACCUCUUCGACUACGGCGAGAACACGAAAAUCAUCUGGCUUUAUAUUUUUGGAUCUAUCGUGUCCAACUUGUUAUUCAGUGCGCUGUUCUUGUCUUUGAUGGCCUUGACAUCUCCAGUGUUGUCAUCAGUAAGUUCUUUAGUGACUAUCUUCCUUAUUGGAGUGGUAGAGUGGAUCUUAUUUGGCAAUGCGCUCAGCGUGACCCAGCUUACUGGAGAUGCCCUUGUCAUUGUUGGAUUUGUCAUUUUGACAGUGGCUUCGUGGCAAGAAAUCAGUGAGGGUAACGAGGACGAUGAGAUGGAAACAGCCAGUUUCUACUCGUUCGCUGGAAGUGAAAACACAAUCAACAACUAG